UUUUUGAUAGGUCAUGAAAUGAAAGAGUGUAUUGGAUUACCUAAAGAAAAAACUGGAGAGUUUGAUGAAUUAGAAAAGCCAAUUGCACCAGAAACUGAAUUUAUUUUUAUUCGUCUUACUGUAUUACGAGAAUAUUUAACAAGAGAACUGAGAAUGCCAAAUCUUCCUUUUGAAUAUGACUUUGAGAGAGCUGUGGAUGAUUGGGUAUUCAUGUGUUUUUUUGUUGGAAAUGAUUUUUUACCACAUCUCCCUUCAUUAGAAAUCAGAGAAGGAGCUAUUGAUAGGCUUGUGUCACUUUACAAAGAUACAGUUUAUAAAACAGGGGGAUUUUUAACAAACAGUGGUGAAGUAAAUCUCUGCAGAGUGCAACUUAUAAUGACAAAUCUUGGUGAAGUUGAAGAUGAAAUAUUUAAGAAAAGACAACAAACAGAAGAAAUGUUUCGAGCAAGAAGAAAACAAGAAAAUAAAAGAAAAAAACUGAUGCAAGAUCGCCCUUCUUGGACGCCUCAAGGACAGUUUGCACCAAAUCCUAUUAAUAAAUCUCCCUUGCCAAUUCAAAAUGCUCGUCAAGAAGCAUAUAAAAUGAGAGUACAAGGUAUGCAAUAUAAUCAAUAUUCAACUGAUAGUCAAGGAAGUAGUUUGGAUAAUAAAGAUGCUGCAAAAGCUCUAAAAGAAAUGUUAAAAUCGGACGAGCCAGAUGAUAGCAAAAAGUCUGAUGAUAGUUUAUCUGCAACUAAAGGCGUAAAGAGGAAAAAAUCAGAUGAUGAUAGUGAUGAAGAGGAAGUACCUUAUGAUCCUGUAAGAUUAUGGGAACCUGGUUGGAAAGACAGAUAUUAUUCACAAAAAUUUCAAGUUUCUCCUGAAAAUAUAAAAUUCCGUCAGGAUGUGGCUCAAGAAUAUGUUAAAGGACUUUGUUGGGUGUUAAAAUAUUAUUAUCAGGGCUGCCCAUCAUGGACAUGGUUUUUCCCAUAUCAUUAUGCUCCAUUUGCUUCUGAUUUCAUAAAUAUUGGUGAUGAAAGUAUUAUUUUCCCGAAGAAUACUAAACCUUUCAGACCUUUGGAACAACUAAUGGCUGUAUUUCCAGCUGCAAGUAGACAACAUAUUCCAGAACCCUGGGCAGAACUUAUGAUUGAUCCUGAAAGUCCUAUCAUUGAUUUUUAUCCAGAAGACUUUAGUGUUGACUUAAAUGGGAAAAAAUUUGCAUGGCAAGAAAGAAGAAAUACUCAAGGUGAUGAUGUUAUAUAUGCCAGUAAAGAUCACUUAGGUUAUGAUUAUAUGAAAGGUUUUUAUGAGUGUGAAAAUUAUGAAACAGAAUAUGACUUAUCACCUCAGUUAUUUCAAGGAAUGAGUGGAAAAAUUUUAUUAUUUGAAAAAGCUGUUGGACCUGGAGAUACUGUAUAUUCCCCAAUUAAAAAUGUAGUGGAUAUCCCUAAUAAUAUGGUUCUAAGCAUGAGAUUUAGAAAUCCACUUUAUGAAGAGGAUUAUAUUUUCAAAUCAGUGUUGUUACCAAAUGCUAAAAUACCACCACCCACCUUAAAACCAGAAGAUUUUGAACGUAAUCGAGAAUGGAGACCUCAGAUAGGCAUGUCACCUGCAAAUCAGAGAGCAUCGCUUGAUAUAUCAGGAAGAAAAGCCUUAAAGUAAUUAUUUUACUUCAUU